AUGAAGGAGAUUACUGAGAAAACAAGGAAUAUUUUAAAUUUUUAUAUUUAUUCUUCACACUUCACUUAAAAAAAAAAUCCCUUUAUUUAAAACUACGCAACGGAUUCUGAUUUUUUUUCGGUCUUUUUUCAUGGAUAGGAUGAUUCAAAAGGAAGGUUUUUAUGUAUAACACAGGACUAAAUGGGCAAAGCCGCUGGCGCAAAGCUAGUCUAUUAUAUAAUAGCCUCGAACAAGCUCUAUCAUAGCAUAGACGUUCAAUGAAAUAAUACCUACUUUAAAAGGUUUUAUUUCAUAGAAAGUCCGCGCUGUGACGGCGUAAUUACCUUAUUAAAAAUUGUGUUUGACACGUAUUAUACCAUCUUCUGAUCCAAUUUAUUUCCGCUGACGAAUGUUACUGGUGACAUUGAUGAUGGUAGUAUGCGCAAACGCGCGCCUCAUCUCAUACCUGCGACCGUCGGAGCCGCAGCACGCGGUCCACCCUCAACAACGCAUCGGGUACAUAUCGGAGGACGAGCAUGUCGACUAUUAUGUCAAUAUACAGUAGUGGAGCCUGAUGGUUCCAUCCGCACAGUGGACUACACUGCUGACAAACACAACGGAUUCAACGCGGUAGUGCACAAAACCGCGCCGAUCUCCCCGCACGAAGCCGCGCAUCUUUAG